GGCGGCGGCGGCGGCGGCCCGACUGCAGUCCCGGCGGGAGCGGAGCGAGCCGGGGCCGGGCCCGAGCCGGCGCCAUGGGGCGGCGCCGCCUGUGAGCCGCGGCGAGUGGAGCCGCGGGCGCCGAGCGGGGCCAGGCGGGCGGCGGCGCCCGAGGCCGACGGAGCGGCCGGGCCGGGGCCGAGCGCGCCGAGCGGAGCGGAGCCGAGCCGAGCGGCGGGAGAGGCCGCCGCCGCCGCCAAGAUGGCGGACCUGGAGGCGGUGCUGGCCGAUGUGAGCUACCUGAUGGCCAUGGAGAAGAGCAAGGCCACGCCGGCUGCGCGCGCCAGCAAGAAGAUCCUGCUGCCCGAACCCAGCAUCCGAAGCGUCAUGCAGAAGUACCUGGAAGACCGGGGCGAGGUGACCUUUGAGAAGAUCUUCUCCCAGAAGCUGGGGUACCUGCUCUUCCGAGACUUCUGCCUGAAACACCUAGAGGAGGCCAAGCCGUUGGUGGAGUUCUAUGAGGAGAUCAAGAAAUACGAGAAGCUGGAGACAGAGGAGGAGCGCUUGGCUCGCAGCCGGGAGGUCUUCGACACCUACAUCAUGAAGGAGCUGCUGGCCUGCUCACACCCCUUCUCGAAAAGUGCCACUGAGCACGUCCAGGGCCACCUGGUGAAGAAGCAGGUUCCUCCGGAUCUCUUCCAGCCAUACAUUGAAGAGAUUUGUCAGAACCUCCGAGGGGAUGUGUUCCAGAAAUUCAUCGAGAGCGAUAAAUUCACACGAUUUUGCCAGUGGAAGAAUGUGGAGCUCAACAUCCAUCUGACCAUGAACGACUUCAGCGUGCACCGCAUCAUCGGACGAGGGGGCUUCGGCGAGGUCUAUGGGUGCCGGAAGGCCGACACGGGCAAGAUGUAUGCCAUGAAGUGUCUGGAUAAGAAGCGCAUCAAGAUGAAGCAGGGGGAGACCCUGGCCCUGAACGAGCGCAUCAUGCUGUCCCUCGUCAGCACUGGGGACUGCCCGUUCAUCGUGUGCAUGUCGUACGCAUUCCACACGCCGGACAAGCUCAGCUUCAUCCUUGAUCUCAUGAACGGCGGGGACCUGCACUACCACCUGUCCCAGCACGGGGUUUUCUCCGAGGCCGACAUGCGCUUCUACGCGGCCGAGAUCAUCCUGGGCCUGGAGCACAUGCACAACCGCUUCGUUGUCUAUCGGGACCUGAAGCCAGCCAACAUCCUUCUGGACGAGCACGGUCACGUGCGCAUCUCAGACCUCGGCCUGGCCUGCGACUUCUCCAAGAAGAAGCCCCACGCCAGCGUGGGCACCCACGGGUACAUGGCCCCUGAGGUCCUGCAGAAGGGCGUGGCCUACGAUAGCAGCGCUGACUGGUUCUCCCUGGGCUGCAUGCUUUUCAAGUUGCUGCGGGGGCACAGCCCCUUUCGGCAGCACAAGACCAAAGAUAAGCACGAGAUUGACCGCAUGACAUUGACAAUGGCUGUGGAGCUGCCCGACUCCUUCUCCCCCGAGCUCCGUUCCUUGCUGGAGGGGCUGCUGCAGAGGGAUGUCAACCGGAGACUGGGCUGCCUGGGUCGAGGGGCCCAGGAGGUAAAGGAGAGCCCCUUCUUCCGCUCCUUGGACUGGCAGAUGGUCUUCUUGCAGAAGUACCCUCCCCCGCUGAUCCCCCCUCGAGGGGAGGUGAACGCUGCUGACGCCUUCGACAUUGGCUCCUUUGACGAGGAGGACACAAAAGGAAUCAAGUUGCUGGACAGUGACCAGGAACUCUACCGCAACUUCCCCCUCACCAUCUCGGAGCGGUGGCAGCAGGAGGUGGCCGAGACGGUCUUCGACACCAUCAAUGCCGAGACUGACCGGCUGGAGGCCCGCAAGAAAACCAAAAACAAGCAGCUGGGCCACGAGGAAGACUAUGCCCUGGGCAAGGACUGCAUCAUGCAUGGCUACAUGUCCAAGAUGGGCAACCCCUUCCUGACGCAGUGGCAGAGGCGGUACUUCUACUUGUUUCCCAACCGGCUGGAGUGGCGGGGCGAGGGCGAGGCCCCGCAGAGCCUGCUGACCAUGGAGGAGAUCCAGUCUGUGGAGGAGACGCAGAUCAAGGAGCGGAAGUGCCUCCUUCUCAAGAUCCGCGGCGGCAAACAGUUUGUGCUGCAGUGCGACAGCGACCCUGAGCUGGUGCAGUGGAAGAAGGAGCUUCGUGACGCGUACCGCGAGGCCCAGCAGCUGGUGCAGCGCGUGCCCAAGAUGAAGAACAAGCCGCGCUCGCCCGUGGUGGAGCUGAGCAAGGUGCCGCUGGUCCAGCGCGGCAGUGCCAACGGCCUCUGACCCGCCCGCCUUUUAUAAACCUCUAAUUUAUUUUGUCGAAUUUUUAUUAUUUGUUUUCCUGCAAAGCGGAAAAGGUUUUAUUUUGUAAUUAUUGUGAUUUCCUGUGGCCCCAGCCUGGCCCAGCCCCCAGGGGGGGCCCGCUUGCCUUGGCUCCUGCUGCCACCGACCCAGCCACUGUCCGGCCGCCCUCAGCCCCGACCCUCCAGGGGUCUCCCCUCCCAGUGUCUUCCUGUGGGUGGGAGCAGGGGGCGGGGGGAGCAGCAGCCCCUGCAGCCCUCCUGGCCCUUCUCCAGGGACGAUGCCGCACCGCGUUGUGUCCCCUCAGGCUCUGUGCCCACAGCACAGCGGGGUGGCCCAGCGUCCCCCACCCCAGGGGAGGCCGCAGCACAGGGGUACUACUUGAAUUUUCCCACCGAAGCCCCUCCUGUGACAGGGGCACAGUCCUGCACUGUCCUGUCCUCCAGCCAGUCGGUGGAGGAGGGGCCCAUUAUCUCCCUGACCCCAGGGCCCGGCCACAGUGACUCGAGCUCUUGUGCCCCUGCCCAGGAAGAGCCCCUGUAUCACUGGCCGCCUCCAUUCCCACAGUCCCUGGACACUGAGGGGCUCUGGCAUUGGCAGCAGGUGCGGCUGCCCUCCCUGCGGUCCCCCCUCCCUCCCCCGCCGAGCAUCCGGGCUCAGGGACCACAGAAAGGCAGCUGUGGGUUGUGUCACACUGGCCUAGCCUGGCCCUGAGGUCCCCCGCCCCCCCCUGGGCUGGGCGAGGCCUCAUCUGCCUGGGACCAUAGGUGACCAGCCUUGAUGGGCCGGGCAGCACAGUGAGAGGGGCCAGGCGGGGCCAGCCCUCGCCACCCUGGGCUGGUCAGUGUGCCCCCCCCCCCCCGGGCUGUCCAGCCCCAUAGCCCCACGUCCCGUCAGUGCCACUGCCCACAGGGUGCCACCCCGCCCGCCGCAUGCCCCCUUGUGCCAGUCGCGCUGCCGUGUGUGGUGUCGCGCCCCCUCCCCCUGGGGCUGGGUUGGUGCACCCUCCCUUCCCAUCUACUCCCGGGGGCGCUCCUUUGCCGAUUUUUGAAUGUGAUUUUAAAGAGUGGAAAAUGAGACUAUGCGUUUUUAUAAAAAAUGGUGCCUGA